UAGAACGAGCUGGUCAGCGAUACUAGAGACGACCUUGAAGGCGCAACAAGAUUUAUAGAGCGCAUGCUAAAGAUCUGCACCCUUGGCUGCGUGCGUGAACAGUUGGGCUACAAACAAAAUCCUGCAACUUCGGGGGAUCGCGCAAUAACUUACAACCAAAAAUCAUUUUUAAACGCUAUCAGACAUUAUCAAGCGCUCCACAAGAGGAAACAUGUGUUUUUUCAGAAUAAAGGUUGCGUUGCCGUCGACAUCAAACACAGACGACUGUUCAAGGCUCCUAGUGUAAUAGUCGGAAGACGAAGACGCGUCGCAACUACCCAGUGUGUUGCUCUCUUUAAGCCAAGAGAGACUACAUCACGCAAACGCGCCCGUUCAUGCGAUGGAUCUGCUAAUGACUUCACUGACAGCACCAGUGCUGCUCGCGUCGGUGCUCGUAAUGCUCGUGGUGUUAGCUGUUGCGGUCGUGUUGGCAACUAA